AUGACCUUCAGCGUCUCGGCGGCGAUGGAGGGGGGCCACGGCCACGAGUACAUGAUCCGCUUCGACGGCCACUUGGAGGACCCGUCGCCCAGCACCGCCACCGCCGAGCCGCCGCCACCGCCGCCGUUCGCGGGCAGGGCGAUCUCGCCGGAGCAGGAGCACGGCGCCAUGGUCGCCGCGCUGCUGCACGUCAUCUCCGGGUACACCACGCCGCCGCCGGACUUCUUCCCGGCGGCCGCGAGCAAGGAGGUGUGCCCGGUGUGCAGGGUCGACGGCUGCCUCGGCUGCGAGUUCUUCGGCGCGGCCGAGGCCACCGGGGCGACCGCGGCGGCAUUGGACGCGCCGAAAGCGGCGGUGACUGCGGGCGGGCCGCAGAGGCGGCGGCGGAACAAGAAGAACAAGUACCGGGGCGUCAGGCAGCGGCCGUGGGGCAAGUGGGCGGCGGAGAUCCGCGACCCGCGCCGCGCCGUGCGGGUGUGGCUCGGGACCUUCGACGCCGCCGAGGACGCCGCCAGGGCCUACGACCGCGCCGCCGUCGAGUUCCGCGGCCCGCGCGCCAAGCUCAACUUCCCCUUCCCCGAGCAGCAGCAGCAGCAGCUGGGCGACGGCAAUGCCGCCGCGGCCAAGUCCGGCACGUGCUCGCCCUCGCCGAGCAGCGCGGAAGUCGAGGUCCGGGUUCCGCAGACGUGGCAGCAGAACGGCGGGCAGGAAACAGGGGAUCAGCUCUGGGACGGCUUGCAAGACCUGAUGAAGCUAGACGAGAGCGAGCUCUGGUUCCCGCCCUCUGGAAAUUCUUGGGACUGA